AUGCGCUCCUUCUUUAAAGCUCUGCCCUUCGUGGCUUCGGUCCUCGCCGUGCGCCCGUUCCUCAACGAGGCUGAUACUGGAAUUGACGAAAUCUUCGGAGAUGUCGCCAACGGCACUCUCAUUCCACUCGAGAACAUCGUCGGCCUGCCUGAUUUUGAGUGGGCCGCUCGAAGAUACUUGAACGCCACGGCGUACACCUACUACCGUAACGGUGCUGGUGGAGAGUGGAGUUACCGCAACAACUUGGAGGUGUACCAACGCUACACCCUUCGUCCUCGGGUCAUGAAGAACAUCAUCAACAUUGAGGACUCGCUGGAAACCAACAUCCUCGGCUUUCCGUUCUCUGCGCCCAUCUUCAUCUCCCCAUGCGCACGUGGUAGCUACGGCCACCCCGAAGCCGAGGCUGGUCUGGUCAAGGCGGCUGCAUCCGAGAAGAUUCUAUAUAUACCUUCGUUGUUCGCCAGCUUGACAAUCGAGCAAAUCGGUGCCUUGAAGUCCCCACCCAUCAACAGCACCAACGAAACACCCCAGGUUACCAUGCAACAGGUUUACGUCGAUAGCGAUCUGGUUGCCGCCCAGAAACUUUUCAACCGCGUGGAGGCUGCCGGCGGCAAGGCAAUCAUUUACACCGUUGACUCAGCUGGAGACGGAAACCGCCACCGCGCCGUCCGCUACGGCGUCGGGUCUGCGGACAGCUCCUACUCUUUGAUUACCUGGGAAACGUUCCACACUCUGCAGAACCUCACCUCCCUGCCCAUUAUCCCCAAGGGUAUAAUGACGGUGGAAGACGCGCAGGACGCCGUAGAGAAUGGCUGCAAGGCCAUCAUUUUGUCGAACCACGGUGGGCGCCAAGUAGAUGGUGCCCCAUCUUCGCUCGAGGUUGCUCUUGAGAUCUACCAGAAAGCUCCUGAGGUCUUCAAACAGACUGAGGUCUACGCUGACGGUGGAGUCAGGUACGGAACCGAUGUUCUUAAGCUCUUGUCUCUCGGUGUGAAGGCUGUUGGAGUGGGCCGCCCAAUGAUGUACGCGAACGUCUAUGGAGAGGAGGGUGUUACGAAGGCUAUCCAGCUUUUGAAGAAAGAGAUCGCUCUCGAUGCUGCCAACCUGGGUAUUGGGGAUUUGAAGAAGAUCGAUGCUUCAUACGUCAACUGGAACAGAAACAACUGGUACAGUUAG